AGAGGCUCACGAAGGAAUGGAGGCAUCCAUGCCCUCUCUGGAUGCAGCUGGGCCUCUGACGGUGGGCACAAAGGGAGCAUCUCUGCCUGAGAACAACGUCCGGGCUGCCACCCCUGUGACCCUGCCACCCCCAGUCAGAGGGCCCAGAAAGUGGACUCUGAGGUCACCCAGCAGGUCAGUGUUGGUUUUCACCCUUGGCCUCCUGCACAGUGACAAGAUGCCUCGACUGUGCGUGUGCAUGCUGAUCUUAGUGCUGGCUCUGGCUGCCUUCACUGAAGCUUCUUGGAAGCCCCACUCCCAGCUACAGGAUGCAUCCUCUGGACCAGGGACCAACAGGGGCCUGGAACCACACCAGCUGGACCAGCUGGGCCCAGCCUCUCACCAUCGAAGGCAGCUGGGGCCACAGGGUCCUCAAUACUUCAUAACAGACCUGUCCAAGAAGCAGAGGCCACGGAUGGAGGAGGAAGAAGAGGCAUAUGGAUGGAUGGACUUUGGCCGCCGCAGUGCCGAGGAAGAGGACCCUCGGAACUAGCGACAAUCAUCCAGAGCCCAACCAUCUCCAGCCACGCCCAGCUCAGUCCUUGCAAAACAUAAAACAAUAAACUAGCUUCCAGUGUA